UGGAAGUGCAUGUCGUGCAUUGGUUAUCCAAUCUUCUGCCCGACCUGCUGUCUCGCCGAGCACCGGCGAACACCAUUCCACCGGGUUGAGCAGUGGAACCUCGGAGGAUACUGGGAGCCCUCAUGGCUCCGUCAAGUUGGAGUUUCAAUAACUCUCGGCCACCGGGGCAGAGAAUGCCCC